GGAGAGGAUGGUAGAGAAAAGGGAGGGGGCAUAGCCUAGAGUCAGCAUUACAACAUCCCUGUAGCUGCGUCAACAUCAUUAUUAUUUAGAAUGACUGCAUCUUGGGAAAGCUGCUUAAUGUAAUUGCGCGAUAAAGGAUAAUAGGGAUAAGAAGCAAGAUACACGAACAAUGGUGUACCUGAUGUGUGCGACUGAAUACGAGCCCGUAAAAAACGUCUAACGGGAGACGGUGUCACACAGGGAGGAGGGAAUGGUUGAAGGAGGAAGGGGAGGUAGAAAGAAGGCAACACAGGAACACCAUACAAACAGUGAAUAUAAAAAUUAGAAGACAGUGGGCAGCAAGAGAAGUGCUCCGGGUUACGAAGACAUAAAUGAAAACCAGAAACAAUCGAAAAAGCACAUUGGAAAUAAAGUAAAUUAAUAAAUAAAACGACGCGACCGUCAUCCGCAGGGAAUUUCCUUGCACCACCUGAACGUAACCGGGUCGGAGACUGGCACAGAGAGGGAGCAGGAGGCACGAGGACGGAGAGAAAGGACGGGAGUUUACCUAACUGUCGGUUUUGUGUCAAUGCGAGAUUUCUGUCUGGGAGGACUAGAAUCGAGAGUGCGGAGUGACAGUGCAGCAGCGGCCGCUUUGAAGAUUCGCACAUGUCGGCACGUUUGAAACCGCCAUCCCCACCCUGUGUGGACCGCUACUCUUGCUGAAACAGCAGAGCGGACGGAAUUUUAUAAUAAAAAUAAAUUAAAACGAAGAAGAGUGGAAAGCUACAAAGAAGAACUCGAGCAGACGAUGCUGGUGAAUUAGUUUAUUCAUAUUUUUGAUGGAAGAAACAAUUUACUAGAUUUUUAUGGGAUUACAUUGACUUUGCAACAUGAAAUAGCGGUAGGCCAGUUGACAUUUGCUACACGUCCAUUUAAUCUAUGCGAGGAACCGUUUAUUUAUAUCCUAUAUAUUUAAAUAAAUAGGCUACCAAAUUUAGGCCGGUGACUGACUGAUGACGCCAAUACGACAAAGCCUAUAGCCUAAUAGUAAUAAUACAUGUGUACCAUUAUCUCAGUAAGGAGAUUUAGAUAGCCUAUAUAUAAACUUAUGUCUCUGUCUGUGGGAUGUUUCUAUUUUAAAAUGCGCCCCGUUUUUUGGGUUUAUUUAAACGCACACAAAGGUUUAAACGUAUUUGAUAUCAUCUCCAUCUCUAUUUAAUUUUUAACCUACACAUCUACCGACUUCCCUCCGUUGAUUUCUUCCAUCUCGAUUCCAAUCCCCAUAUUCAUAUUAAGCUCUCUUGGAUUAUCCACUCGGACCAAAAGUGAGUUGAUUAGCUAAAUAAAAACCGAACCGACAGCCAGCCUGCAUCCACCCUUCACGGAACACCCCUCUGCUAAACAACACCACCGUAGCGAUGGAGACCACGAAACUGCCUCCAUCCAGCCCCUCGUCCCCGACCACCGGCUUCUCGGUGCCGAGUGCGGAGAAAGUGGACGGUUUCCCGCGACGGUCGAUGCGCCGUGCCCGGCAGCGUCGUUCUCACAGCUCCUCUCAGUUCCGUUAUCAGAGCUCACAAGUCGAGCUGACGCCACUGCCGUUGCUCAAAGACACCCCCGUGGCGGAGCUACACGACCUCUUCUGUAAGAAGCUGCAGCAGUGCUGCGUGCUCUUCGACUUCCUGGACUGCGUUGCUGACCUGAAGGGCAAGGAGAUCAAGAGAGCGGCCCUCAAUGAGCUGGUGGAGAGCGUGGCCACCAGCAGGGGCAUCCUCAUCGAGCCCCUGUACCCUGAGGCCAUCAAGAUGAUCUCAGUGAACAUCUUCCGCACGCUCCCGCCCAGUGAGAACCCGGAGUUCGACCCAGAGGAGGAUGAACCCACACUGGAGGCCUCCUGGCCACACCUCCAGCUGGUCUAUGAGUUCUUCCUGCGCUUCCUGGAGAGCCCAGACUUCCAGCCUUCAAUGGCCAAGCGUUACGUGGACCAGAAAUUUGUUUUACAGCUGCUGGAGCUGUUUGAUAGCGAGGACCCGCGAGAGAGGGAGUACCUGAAGACCAUCCUGCACCGCGUCUACGGGAAGCUGCUGGGACUGCGUGCUUACAUCCGCAAACAGAUCAACAACAUCUUCCUCAGGUUCAUCUAUGAGACUGAGCAUUUCAAUGGAGUGGCUGAGCUGCUGGAGAUAUUGGGCAGCAUCAUCAAUGGAUUUGCUCUGCCUCUGAAAUCUGAGCACAAGCAGUUCCUGGUACGAGUGCUGAUCCCCCUCCACACUGCCAAGUCUCUCUCCAUCUUCCACGCACAGCUGGCGUACUGCGUGGUACAGUUUAUGGAGAAGGAUGCAACCGUCACGGAAUAUAUCAUACGAGGUUUGUUGAAGUACUGGCCCAAGACCUGCACCCAGAAAGAGGUGAUGUUCCUCGGGGAGAUAGAGGAGAUCCUGGAUGUGAUUGAACCCUCGCAGUUCAUCCGGAUCCAAGAACCGCUCUUCAAACAAAUCGCCGCUUGCAUCUCCAGCCCUCACUUCCAGGUUGCAGAGCGGGCUCUGUAUUUCUGGAAUAAUGAAUACAUUUUAAGUCUGAUUGAGGAGAACUGCCAGGUCAUCCUGCCUCUGGUGUUUGCCACCCUCUACAGAGUCUCCAAAGAGCACUGGAACCAGACGAUUGUGUCUCUCAUCUACAACGUACUGAAGACCUUCAUGGAGAUGAACAGCAAGCUCUUUGAUGAUCUCACUGCCUCCUAUAAGGUGGAGAAACAGAAGGAGCUGAAGAAGGAGAGGGAGAGGGCGGAGCUCUGGCGGGGGCUGGAUGAGCACCAGGAGAGGAGGCUGCAGAGUCUGCAGGAGGCCAGCCGUAAUCAGAGGAACCUGCAGGAGCGACCGAGUCCAACUCAGCCCGACCCAGAACUCAGCAGCGCCGCCACCACCUAGAACAACCCAGACUGCGACACGGAAACUCCCCCUCAAACACUCCCGCAUCACAGAGCUCAGAUACAGGCCCUGAGCCAGCCACAGCACAAUACACACGCACGCAGUAUGCAGACACACACAGCCAUGUGCGCAAGACUCUCACACACAUACACGCACGCACGCACGCGCACACACACACACCUACAUGCACGCACAUGCUCACACACACCCAUGCAAAGACACGCGCGCACACACACACCGACACCCACCUGCACACCCACCCACACUCGCAGACACACACGCACCCACAGACACACAGACACACACACACAUCACAUACAAUACAUGUGCACAAAUACGUGCAUGCACAAAAUACGUUAAUACUCACAUACACAUAUUUACACAUAUGCAUACACAAACUCACACUCACAUACAAAGUGUGCUCUUCACACAUACUCUUGCAAUCUGCACCGCAUUCUGUACAGAAAUGUGCAUGUUAUUUUUGGAUAUUCACACACAGAUACAAACACCCACACACACAUGAAGACUCAUACACCUAGACACACACAGCACCAGUGGUACACUUCAGAACGUGUAUCAGUUCUCCUGGGUUCAGCCCAAACCUCAAACCAGAUCAUACAAGUGGAGUUUUACUGUCCCAAAAAAGUGAGAGGAAUGAUGAUGUAAUAGAAAUGAUUUAAAAGAAUGGUAAUACUGUUCCUACUUCUACUACUUAUUCUACUACUACUAAUGUUUUAUAUAUAUACAUAUAUAUGUAUGACUCUAGUGUCGGUGGGGGUAACUUAGUGUAGUACUACAUUAUGUCUGCAGACAAGCUGCUAGGCUAAAAUGUUCUAAUGAGGAUGAAUUAUUCUAGUCUAUUCAUAUUCUCAGAAGAUAAGAGAGAAAAAGUUGUUAUUUUAGCAAUACCUUUAGUUUUGAAAAGUGUGUAAAUGGUUUGGGGGAGGGACUAAUUGGCCCCUCCCAGCCCUUUACUUAAGUACUCAAUUCUGUCCGUCAGUACCUUCUGUCUGUUCAUUUAAAGGUUGAAUUUGUUAAGAUUUUUCGAUUUUUAUUUUUGUAUUUUUGUUUUUGCCAAUUUAUUGUGUUUGGGUUCAUUUUGUGUGGAUUUGUGACCUUGGUGGAUAAAGAGGAUUAGGAAGAUACAGGAUGAAUCUGACUAGUGGAUGUGUGUGCUUGUGUGUGUUUGUGUGGGUUGUAUGUAUGUGUGUAUGCAUGUGUAUGUGUGUGUGUGUACUGUGUGCGUGUGCGUGUGCGUGUGCGCGUGCGUGUGCGUGUGUUUGUAUGUGUGCAUGUGUGCAUGUGUGUGUAUUGGAGGUGCCAGUGAUAGAGAAACAGUGGAAUUGUGGAAGAGAGGGGGGGUUAGAAUUAUGCUAAACCCCUCCUUUACUUUCAAAGAACAGGGUUCAAAUUAGAAUGUAACACUUUGAUUGUGCUUUUAGCUUUUUGAAAUUGUAGCUACUGGUAGCCGGUUUUCAAUACCAAACCUACACUUUUCAACACCUUUGACCUGUUUUUCUGUAUUCCUCCCAUAAUGUGUAUUCACUUCCUGACCUAUGUUUCGACCAACAAUUCUGUCUAUCAGUGUAGUGUGAAUAUCUAUUCAAGGAAGAUCAGAGUUACCGUUUAUAGCCAUUACAGCAAACCCAUGGGUCUGGUUCAAAAGAGAUGGCAAUAAUCAAAUAUUUUGACAUAUUUAGACAAAAGAUGGAAGCUAAUGUAGCAUCUCAAAACUGAAAUUUGUCCUCUUGCCUGGUGUUCAUGUUUAAGCGUUUAAGUGAAGUCUGGGGACAAACAGCCCUGGAACAUGAAUGUAUGAAUUUGUGAGAAUGAGACUUGAAGCAGGAAAGCAUCUACUUUUAGAAUGGAAAAUCAAUGAAAAAGGAACAGGACAUUUAA